UUCCAGAUUAUAAUUAUUUAGGAGAAAUGAAUCAAAUUUGUUUCUGAGGCAGUUUUAACGCGAAUGCCUAAGCAAAUCAGGCAGCUGUUUUCAAUUAUUUUAACCUUUUGUGAACCUGAUGACCUUUUGCAUCUUUGGGAUUCAUACAAAGCCUUUAUGAUGGAGGAUUUCAUUCAUCGCCAAGUUCCAUUUAUAUUAGCUGAACAAGCUACUCUUCUUCAAAUUGAAAAGAUUAUUAAUCAAAGUGGUAAAACGCUAUCUGAUUAUAAUUUGCCUGUUGUUGAUGAAUUCAUAGAUUUUAAUCUAGAAAAUUUAAAUGAUAAUGUUCAGCAAUCAAUUGACGAAGCUAAUCGAAUGAGACCGCUUCUUAAUGUCAAUCAAUUAAAUGUAAGUAAUGCUGUCCUUGCUGCAUUGAACGAGCAACCAUGUGUAGAAAAUCAACAUUCCAGAUUGUUUUUUAUGGAUGGACCAGCCGGUAGUGGCAAAACUUUUACAUAUAAUUAUUUGAUUGCUGAAAUGAGCAGUAGGGGUGUUAAAUCUGCUACAGCUGCAUGGACUGGCAUAGCAGCAACUCUUCUUACAAAUGGAUCUACGCUGCACGGGUUAUUUAAACUUCCUGUCCCAAUACUGGAUAACAGCACAUGUAAUGUGACUCCUAACUCUAUUCAGGGACAAUUUUUAAGGCAAGUUAGUUUGUUUAUGCUUGACGAGACAUCCAUGAUUCCCAAACACGCUUUAAAUGCAAUCGAUCGGUUGUUAAAAGAUGUUUGCAACAACAACUUUCCAUUUGGAGGAAAAGUCAUUCUUUUUGGUGGUGACUUUAGGCAAAUUUUGCCUGUUGUGAAAAGAGGGAGACCAGCUGAAGUUGUAGAAUCAUGUAUAAAAUGUUCUUUACAGUGGCAAUGGGUGCAGAAGUUUACAUUAACUGAAAAUAUGAGAGUACGUGAUGGAGAAGGAGAUUUUUCCGAAUGGCUGUUAAAACUUGGUAGUGGAACAAUACCUGGCAAGGAGGAAGAUCCUUUUAAGGGAUGUAUUGAAAUACCGCAACAGUGCAUUAUUAGAGAAAACGAAUCAAUUGUUGAAAAAAUAUUUGGAGAUGCUCAACAAGAUGAUUAUGCUAAACGUGUCAUUUUAACACCCACCAAUGUGGAUUCAUUGUCAAUCAAUGAAGAAGUGCUUGAACGUCUACAUGGAGAGGUCAAAACUUAUUUAAGUGCUGAUCAAAUAGACACUGACGAUCUUAAUGAAAGAAAUAAUUUCCCUGUUGAGUUUUUGAACAGCUUAACUCCUUCAGGUAUGCCUACUCAUUGUUUAAAAUUGAAAAUUGGUUGUGUAAUUAUGCUACUUAGAAAUUUAGAUCUUAAAGCUGGGCUAUGUAAUGGAACCCAAAUGAAAGUUUGUGCUCUCCAAAACAAUUAUAUUGAUGCAGAGGUUUUGACAGGUGUUUCUGAAGGUAAACGGGUAUUUGUUCCUUGAAUUCAGUUGGCUCCAUCAGAUUCUAAUUUACCUUUUGUUCUAAAACGUCGUCAGUUUCCUGUCAGAUUAGCUUAUUCGAUGACAAUCAAUAAAAGUCAAGGUCAAACAUUUGAUAGAGUUGGGGUAUAUCUAAAAAAAACGUGUUUCUCCCAUGGUCAACUAUACGUUGCAUGUUCAAGAACUAGAGCAUUUAAUAGUUUGUUUUUCAAAAUUGAUAAACAUCCUAUUCAAGGUAUGGUAGGUGAAAAAUACUACACAAAUAAUGUUAUAUUUUCUAAUGUUCUUAAUUUAUAGUCUUAAUAUUUUCAUUUCUAAAAUUUACUGUUUGUAGGUUGUGAGCACAUUUUGUAUGU